AUGAUCCUUCCACAUUUGGUUGAUGGUGAAUUUAUCUUUCAAUUAUCGAAAAGUGCCCGUCAACAUUCGACAUCAACAACAACUGGAAUUAGUCGUAACCAUUGGUCAGAAGAUUAUACCUAUAUGCUUCUUCCAAGUGAUGUUUCAAAAUAUGAACGCGACACUCGACCAGAACCUUCUAUGUGCAAAAAAACAAUGUGA